GUUUCCUUACAAGACACGGUUGUUUUGUGUAGUCUAUAGAGGCAAAGGGUGCAUGUUUAAUGUUUAAACUUUAUUAAACCAUCCGCUGGUUUGUUAUUCCUUUUACAAAAAUGUUUUAAUUUGCAAUUUAAUUUUCUCUUUUUUAAACAUUAUAGAGUUUAUUAAGGACUUCCUGCCAUGCCGUGGUAUAACAUCCUUCCCCGCUAUAGUAAGGUGCCCUCGGGACAUGAAUGACACACGGUUAUGUUUAAGAAGAUGCUCUGCUGAAGAUGAUGAUGAUUCAUUCAGACGCAGUGCUAAGAAGCUUUCACCCCGGCUGAAUGCUUCAGGCUUUACCUCGGCUGAGCAGGGCUGUGGAGAGGAUUCGCCGUGUGAGAGCUCACCUCAGCAGUAUGGCCCAAAAUGGCGGCACAGAGAACGGAGAUGCGAUCACGGCCGCCAUCGUCAUCGUCGGCGACGAGAUUCUUAAGGGUCACACAGCAGACACCAACAGCACCUUCUUGUGCCGUGGAUUGCGCAAACUGGGGGUCAAUGUCCAGCGCAUUUCGGUGGUCCCUGACGUGCAGGAAGUCAUCGCUAAGGAAGUGGCUGCACUCUCACCUACGGUAACGCACCUGAUCACGGCAGGUGGCAUCGGACCCACGCAUGACGACGUGACCUUCGAAGCAGUCGCGUUGGCGUUUGGCGAGAGUCUGCAACCCCAUCCAGAGCUCACACGUCUCGUCGAGCAGUUCUUCGGCAGCGUCGAUUCUACCAGUGCCCCCAUGAAACUUGCCACGGUGCCUUCUUCUGCAAAACUGAACUACGGCCGCGACCCUCGGACCGGCGAGCCGAUGCGAUUCCCUCUGGUCAGCGUACGCAAUGUCUACAUGUUCCCUGGGAUCCCUACACUCCUGGAGCGUUCAUUUAACGGCCUGCUGCACCUGUUCGCCAGCCCGGGAACAGCUUUUCACACAUGUGAGGUGUUCGUAGACGCCGAUGAAACGGAACUCGCACCCAUCCUAACGAGACUGCAGUCGGAAUGGGGAAGACGCGUAGCACUCGGAUCAUAUCCUGACUGGCUGAGCAACUACUACCGCGUGAGGCUGGUGCUAGACUCGAAUAGUUCUGACGAGGUGGAGAGGGCACGGGCCCAGCUGGAGGAGGAGCUGCCUAAAGGGAGCGUGGUGCAGAUGGUCACUGAUCCUGUAGCCAUCGCUCCCCAUGAGGUCUACUCACUCGCCUUGAAUGGAUCACCCUUGGGGGAGAAAGUAGCUGAAGCUCUGAGGACGAUUGAGAAGGCCCUGGAUCAUUACAAACAGAACGAGCUCUGCAUCGGUUUUAACGGUGGCAAAGACUGCACGGCACUGCUGCAUCUUUUCCACGCUGCCAUAAAACGCCGCCAUCCAGACAGUAAAGACAAGGUGAAAGCUCUGUACAUCCGAAUCGUCUCCCCGUUCCCUGAAAUGGAGAGGUUUCUUCAGGACACAAUUAAAAGAUAUGAGCUGGACCUGUUUGCUGUGGAGGGCAACAUUCGACAGGCUUUAAUUGAAGUGCAGGAAAAGAGACCCGAGCUCCGUGCCGUUCUCAUGGGCACCAGACGCACUGAUCCUUACUCACACACACUCACUGACCUCUGCCCCACAGACCCAGACUGGCCUCCUUACAUGAGAGUCAACCCAUUACUGGAUUGGACAUAUCAUGACAUUUGGUUGUUCCUGAGGAAACUUUAUGUACCUUACUGCAUUCUCUAUGACAAAGGGUACACUUCACUUGGCAGCAUGGAUAACACUUUUAGGAACCUUUCUCUUCAAAUGGUGGACAGCAGGGGUGUAACUCGUUUUAAACCUGCCUAUCAGCUGGAGAAUGAGGAAGAAGAGCGCAGCUCAAGAACGUGAUGAUGUGAAAGUGGUGGUCCAGAUGAAUCCACCCUCAAGGGAAAAGAGCAGUAAUCAUAGUCAGAUCGAGAUGACAUGGAAAAUCUGGCAGACAUCACCAUUUAUUUUUAUUCAUAUUAAGUAACUGAUCUGUCCUGCUCAGGGAUGUGGUAGUUCUGGAGGCAGAAGAAUUUAUCCCGGAUUGAAUUCCAGUCCAAUUCCAAACUAGCAAUGUAAGAUAAAAUAAUUAAUGCCAUUAUUAGGAGAAAGGGACAUGCAUAACUGUAUGGUGAGAUCUGCAGUAAAAAUGUUUCUUUUUUUUGUCCCUCAUUUUAAAUACAGUUAAACCUUGGAUCGCGACCAUAACUUGUGUGAAUUAUCAGAGUAAAUUUUCCCAUAAGAAAUAAUGGAAACUCUGAUGAUUAGUUCCACAGUCCAAAAAUAUUCAUAUAAACAGGAAUCAAUCAAAUUAACCUGCACUUUGCCUUUGAAAAGAAUUGGGCUGGUGUGAGGGAGAAUGACUGUCCCUCGCACAUACACACUAAUGGAAUCACUGCUCUGUCUGGUCACUUUUUGUGUGACUUUAACAAGGAACUCUCUAAUGACCUUAUUUUUGCCUCCUUUUAGUUUCGCUGAAAUGUGACAUCGCUCGCAUUGCUACAGCCUUUUUAACCUUUUUCUUCACGGGGGUCAUUGUUGCAGUACAGUUACUGAAGAAAAGUCACUAAACUUAAAACAAACAAAAAAAUGCUUUUCUUGCACACACAUGGUCACAGUUUUGUAGUAAACAGUGUGCACGGAGGUUGACUAUAUAAGUGACGCAUGUGCACUGAUGAUCACCUACAAUCCCAUAACGCGCGCGUGCGAGAGAAGAACUGUUCGCUCAGUUGUGAUCAUGUGACUCUCGACAAAGUGUAUAAGUACUACUUGUGUUUCAAGACCUUACUUCAUUAUCAAGUUAAAAUUUAUGAAAAAAUUUUGCUUGUCUUGCCGUCCAAGUAACGUGCAAUCCAAGGUUUCACUGUAAUUGGAAUAUUUUACUUGACUUAAUGUUGUCUAAUGUGUGUACGUUAGAUGUGAAUGAACAGAACACUGAAUGGAUUAUGUAGUAUGUCAUUAAAGUUAUAACACUUUGUCUGUCAUCAUCAAUAAAGAUUUCUGAAAAGCUGAAUGUGUGAAUGCAUUUAAGAAUUAGAUUUGUGUAGAUUUAUAAGAGAAAUUACGCUUUCAAUGCCAUAUCUAAACAACAAAUAUUUCGCUUCGUGAAAGUUCUAGUUGUACCUUGUGGAAUAUGUCAGCUGAGCUUAAACAUUUUUUUUUUUCUGCACCUAUUAUUAUUAUUAUUAAUGUACAAUGCAUUCCAGAAUUGUUUGGGCAUGUAGGUCACAUGACACAGUCAUAUGACCUACAUACCCAAAACUGCAUCUUGGAUACACCAUUUGUUAAGUACUAUUGGUUAUUUUGUGUUUCAGACAGCUGUGCUGGGGGGUCUCUUAACAUUAAACAGCAAUGAAUGUGCUAUAGAUGUUUCCAUGACUGGAAAGUGUAACACACAAAGCACUAAGUCAGCCAUUCCCAAACAUAACAAAGCUGAGGCCCAAUUUAAAUUGUGAAAGCUUUAAUACUAAAGCUAAUAAAAAAUAACAUCCCACA